GUUUGAUUCCGAUGCGGCCAGACAAACAAUAAAAUAAUUUCCAUAAUGGGAAAUAUUGAUCGAGUCAGUGGCUUCGAUGCACGACAGACCUUGAAUGCAUUUUAUCGGUGGGCAAUCGCAUGACAUUUUCAUUAAUUGACUGGCUGUCGACUUCAAAGGAUGUCACUAGAACAGUGGUUUUGUGCUAUAUUGUUCUUUCUUCUGUUGCUGUGGACAAAAUCUGCCCAGUCCAUCAAGUGUAUGUACUGCAAGAGUGACCUAUACGAGGAAGCUUGUGAUGCCGUCGGGAGACGUGUGACCUGUACCGAGGCGAACGCUCACGAACACUUUCGCUAUCUGCAGCGUUUGGAUAAGGAGCUGCGAGAACCCAGGCGAAACGAAGGCUACCAGUGUAUGAAGAUCAAAGUGGGUAACCAUAGACUGAUAAAGGGCUGCAUUUACGCCAAUCUACCGGUUUGUUUGGCCUUUCGCAAGAGGACCAAAACCUGCUCGACCUGCUUGGAUGACGAUUGCAACAGUGUGCAGUACAGGGAUUUCUUUCUGAAUUAGUGAUUUUUUCGCGGUGUAUUUUUCUCCUAUUUCCCAGAAAAACUUUGGAUUUCCGCAUAAGUUGUUAUCACUAGACUGCUAAAAAUGAUAACUACAGUUGUAAUAUAAAACAAUUGUUCGGCGUGCGACCAGACCGAACCAUGCGCCAUUUAAAAAAAAAAUAAGUUUUUGAUAUCAGGGGGUGUGAGAAUUGAUAAUCUAUCUUUCAUGAAAAAACAAAAUCAUUUGUACAGUCUAUAAUGAUUUUAUUACAAAAAUUCUUUGUAGCCGCUUGCAGAAAGCAUACGGGGCGGUUAAACUUGGGGUGGUUUGGCGCUUGGUUCGGUCUGGUCGCACGCCGAUCAAUUAGUUCGAAUAUAUGAAUGGAGAAAAAAUAUCAA